AUGGGCUCCAGGGCCCACACGUCACUGCCCCUCCUAGCACUGCUGCUGCAGGUGAGCUGGACUGGUGCCCAGAACUCGGGUGUGGGUACGCGUGGGCAUGGGAAGGGCAGCUCCCACCGGCCUUGCCUCUCCUGGGAUGAAGGGAGGGGAGAGGAGCUGAGCAGUCUGGCCGAGACUGGGAGAGGCCGCCGGCCUCUACAGCGAUCCAAGCAAGGAAGGGUUAUCACCACCUUGUCACUGGAGGAGGACCCAGGACCUUUCCCCAAACCUGCUGGUGAGCUGUUCAAUAAUAUGUCUUAUAACAUAUCAUUAAUGUAUUUCAGUGGACCUGGUGAGGAUGAAUAUCCAGAGAUUGGUUUGUUUUCUAUGGAAGGUGAUAACAGUGGAAAAAUACAUGUUCACCAUCCUGUUGAUUGAGAGACACUAACAUCUUUUAUGGUCUGUUUCAGUGUUGUGAAUCGCUUUACAGGAAAAGUCAUGGACAAAUCCAUGACAAAUCAAGUUCGGGUCAGCGAUGUGAAUGGUCACGCACCCCAGUUCGCGGAGAAGGAAUUCAGCGUGAAUGUGCGAGAGAGGCACGCGGAAGGUCAACCUGUUUGUCAGAUGCUAACAACUGAUUUGGAUCAAGAAGAUACGCCAAAUUCUCCAGUCCUUUAUUUCCUUGUUUCUCAAAUGCUGUCACUGAAAGAAAGUGGGUUCCAGAUCGACCAUAUUAGUGGAGAAAUACAACUCUCGUGCGUAGAUUAUGAGGCUGUUCCUCAGUUCACACUACUAUUUGGAGCAAGGGAUUUUGGAGAACCACCAUUGUCAUCUGCAGCCACCGUGCAUGUUAACGUGCAAGAUGGCAGCAUCUGUUUGCCCACACUCACCCAGGAGAACUAUGAGAUCCAGAUCUCUGAGGGCUGAGCCAGCCAGGGUGUGCUGCCUCUCCCGGUCCAACGUGGUGAUUCACCAUUCACAUCAGCUUGGAGAGUAAAAUUCAAAAUACUGAGUGGCAAUGAAGAGGGACAUUUUGACAUUUUGACUGACCCUAAGGCCAGCGAAGGGAUCGUAAAUGUUAUCAAGCCUUUGGAUCAUGAAGCUCCCCCAGGGCAGAGCCGCGACUGCCUGGAGAACGAGGAGCCGCUCUUCUCCGGUGAGGGGGCUGAGCUGCAGGUUCCAGGGAGGGCAGUGGCGGGUGCCGCCGUGAGUGUGCGCGUGACAGAUGCCAAUGCCCCACCGGCCUUCCACCCCACGGACUUCAUCGUCGGUGAAGUUGAUGGCACUGGGCCUGGAAUUCAGUCGGGAAUUUUUAAUGCUACGGAUCCAGACAGAAGUGCCGGCCAGCUCAGAUAUAAAGAGCUUCACGAUCCAGCAAAUGGGGUCAAUGUAGAUGAAGGCUCAGGGACGGUUGCCACCAGGAAACGGACUGACCGAGAAUCCCCUUAUGUAAAUGAUAAUUUUUACAUAAUCAUUGUUCAUGCUACUGAUGAUGGCCUCCCCCUGCAGACUGGGCUGGGGACCCUGAUGCUUUUCCUGCCAGACAUCAAUGACAACGCCCCAGCUCUCUAUUCUGGGUCUCGGUACCUGGAGGUCUGUGAGUCUGCAGUGAGUCUGCAGGAGCCCCUUCUCAUCACUGCGGAGGAUGGUGACCUGGAGCCCUAUUUGGACCUGUUUACAUUUGAACUGGCCAAUACCUGGGGAAAUGUGGAAGACACAUGGAAACUGGGGGAACAUCGGGGUGAGUGUUUGUAUUGGCCGGAUAAAGCACUGAAGAUGAGAAAAGUGUCCCUCAAAUGUGACCUGGAGAAAACAGACGGUGCGUGGAGAAGCCGGCGUCUACCUUCUCUUACUUUGGCCUUUCCCCGGCUCCAUGAUGCUGACGUGCUCGGGGAUGGCACAGGCCACCUGCCUCAUGUCUACACUGAGGAGGGAGAGCGAAGAGCAGAGACCCUCGGGACCGUCACCACCUCCGAGCAGGAACUGUCGCCUGACUUGCUGGACAGUUUGGGUUCAAAGGAUGUUCCACUUGAAGAAAUGUAUCCGGAGUCAGGCGUUCCUUCCUAGAUAAUGCGUAUUUUGAGGAAUUGGUACAAUUCAUGGAGGGCGAACCAUAUUCAUGGGAUUUUUUUUUUCCUUUUAAAAAACAUUUCCUCAUAGUCCACAGAUGAGAAUAAACUGUGAGUCUGGAGUAAAUGCUUUGAUAUUCUCAGACCAGACACCUUGAGCCAAAGCAAGACAGCAGGCUAUACUUUUUAAAAGUUUGAUUUGCAGAUAGAUUUUCUAAAGAAACUUGAACUUAAUUGUGGGAUUCCUUGCUGCCAUCAGCAGCCCUGCUUUGAGGGUAAAUGAAAACAUAAUCCAUAGAUUACCCAGCAAUUUGGCAGAAACAGAUAAUACUGAGGAAAAGUGAAAAUAGAUUCUUUUAGUGAUUAUUUACAU